AACAACUAGCGGAUAUUACAAACACCUCGUUUCACAUUUAGAUAGAUAUAUUUGAUAUUUUGCAACAGCUAAUUCAAUUGACAACAAAAAUGAAAAGAUGAUUCCAAAACUAAAGAUUCUUUUACUUUUUGCCUUCUUUAAUUUCAAAUUAGUCUAUCUACAAAAUAUUAAAGCUAUACUUAAUGAAACUAUUCAAAAAGAAUCCUCAUGCAAAUCGACUUUAUUACUAAAUGAAAGAUUUGUCCUACAAGGGCUAGUCGAAUUUGAUAAGUUGCCUGAAGAAUCAUACGGGUUUAUAAAUAUAGAAUGGACAAUGAAACACGACAAUGCAUCCCAUUUGUUUGACACCGUGUUUUUAAACUGCUGCAACUGUUCGGAAAGCUUUUACUGUACAAAAAAGGAGAAUAAAAAUGAGUAUAAACUGGUGUUGAACACUUCAGCACAGAAAGAAUUUAGCUCCUCUGAAUGGAGCCUUGUAGGACAUCAAUUUAAUAGCAACAAAAUACGAUUCUUGGAAGUUUUAAAUGUAUCAGAAACAAUACUGAGCUUAAAUGAUAUCGUCGUUACAAAGAAUCUGACAACAUUUACAACCACAACGGAUGAACUAAAACUUUGUUGUAGAAAUUCUGAGGAGCCGUGCUAAGCUGUCUUCACAGUCAACACUCUAACACAGUUGAUAAGUUCAGGAUGUGUUACAUAUCAAAUCGUUGAGACUGAUCAACAGGAAUUAAAAUUUGGAUUUCGCAUUUGUAACAACAAAACUUACUCUGAGGCUUUCAGCAUCAAAGUUACAAAGAUGGGAGCAAAGUCGUCCAAUGAUUCACAAGAAUAUUUCCAAUACAGUUACAUUUUUCUUGCAUUGCUAAUUCCUGUAAUAAUUUUAGCUGUGUCAAUGUGUGCAGUGACAUUUAUAGAUAAAAUAAGAAAACCUAAAACCGACAGUGAAUCAGAGAGCAAUGACCGACUGCUAGAAAUUAACACUGGUGUUAACGUGGGAGAAGAAAAAGCGAGUAGUAUCUUCCAGAGUAAUCAGGCAAGGAUGUUUGAAUCGCACAUCAGGAAUGCUGAGGUUACAGAUGACAGGAAUUCGACUAAUUCACAAAAUAUGUUUAAUCAGGCAAGGAUGUUUGAAUCGGACAUUAGAUUACGACAUCAGUCGAGCAGCUAGUAAGUCACAAUACUGUUGGAAGAAAUGUACUCCUGCGCAUUAGAAACAUGUUGAACUCAUUCAUACAAUUAAUAAUUGGCAAAAGUAUUGUAUUUCCUUGAUGAAAAUGUAAACUUGGGAAUCCAGACUUCUUUUUUUUUAGGAUUCAAAUAAUUAUUUAGAAAAUGAAGGUGUAUUCCUUUUUGUUAUACUUGUGAAAUAUUUAGGAUUGAAUCCAAGUAUUUUUUUUACAUGACAAGAAAAAAAUAUAUUUAUACUAUUGUUACGUAUUUCUGAAUCUUCUGGCUAAAUAUACUAGUAGGCACACAAAUAAAAAAAACUGCAAAGAAAGAACUUGACGACUCAAAUUUCAGAUUCGUAUAACUUUAUUGACUAUUAACUCUAACAAUUCGUCACUGUAACAUGUAGCGUAGAAGACUGUACAAUAUCUUUCAGUUUAUAAUUAGCUAUACUUUGUUGCAAUUCAUCUCUUCACUUCGUUGCAAUUCAUCUCUUCUCAACUUGCAUCGAGCAGUAUUCCACAGAACAGACCAACGACACACUUCCCAGUGUCGCUCCAGGUCUCCCAAAGCUGUACCAAGUCGUACUCAAGUGUACCGAAUCAGAGUGUCUUAAAUCGACUGUAUCGACUGUAACGGCUCAAGUCCACUGUAGUUCGCUGUAUAGACUUUAACGACAGUAGUCCACUACAGUUAACUCUACCCUAGUUAACUUGCAUCGAGUCGUACACAUUUCUCUUCCACUGUCUCGCACAGUAGACAACAGUAACAAAGACUGUACCGACGCGAUUCUACCCACGACUCCAUACGACUGACUUUUUACAUUAACUCUCUGUCUUAUAUAGAGUCCCUAAUCGCUCCUCCAAAGUUGCACAAACACUGCUAGUAUCUUCUGGAACAACACGUGAAGAAACGUCACAUCCUGUCUUUAUUUUUACAUGUAGAUUCCAGAGAACACCUGCUGCAGUGUCAUCAAGUCGGGGUCACACGUACUGACCUCUAUCUGUCACUGUUCAUUAGUAACUGCCCCCUUCUUAGAUCUGUUCGUCCCCUGGAACAAAAACGUGAGGACAGAAAAAAAUUCUAAAAACUGAUAAUAUCCAAAGUAUACUUAUUGGUAGAAUAUUUAGCUACUAUUAAAAUACACGA